AUGGCUGCUACUCAAUCUAAUGUAGAUCCAGUUACAACCAAUGAAGAUGAAAUUUCCCAACCGAUGAUGAAGAUUUCGCACACCAAUCUUCGACUUAUUCCAUCUCUAGAUGUGUAUCCGAGUGAAUUCCAUCUGAUUGUUCAGAUUUUGAAUAAUUUUGUUCUUUCAUUUGCUCUAUCUGGAAAAUUUUCUAUUCUAAUGGAAUGGUUAUCUCUUCCUAUUUUUAUGACUGUUUUCAAGAAGACAACCAAAGUUCUCACUUUCCAGAUAUCCUCUUCAAAGACGAAGAAGUUUACUUGGAAGCAGUUUGCAUAA